UUUCUGCCGCGCAUGCGCCCUGCCGCCGCUCGCCCUGCUCUUAAGCGAGUACCUGUGCGGCUGCGCCCGUACCGCUCGAUCCGCCGAAGUUCUCGCGAGCCGGCCCCGGGCUCCCUCCGUGCGUGAGCGUGCGCGGACGGCCCUCGUCGUCCCCCUCCCCGCCCCCCUCCCUCCACGCAGGGAAUAACGGACUUGAGCUCAGGUGGACUCCUCACCUGCGUGCCACUUGGCCGAGGGCGAAGCUCAGGUGUGCGCGGGCGAGGAGGAAAACACAAAAAAAAAAAAAGAAGAAGAAGAAGAAGAAGGAAGGAAGGAAGGACGCAGAAGGGAAGGAGUUUGGAGUCAACAUGCCUCGAGCCUUCCUGGUCAAGAAGGCCAACGUGUCGCCGGGCAAGCGGAACUGGAGCGAGCUGCCGGACCACGAGCGAGGGGACGUCUACAUCCCAGGUACGGCAGUUAAUUUGAAUCAAGAACAAAGGUACCGAAGAAAGGAAGGCAGAAAAGUAGUUUUACGCAAAGGAAGGAAGGAUGCAAAAUAAAAAGCGGGUCUCAGGGAAGGAAGGGCUGAAUGAAGGAAGUCUCCAUCUUCCCGCCGUCCGUCUCAAUAAACGAGGACGAAGCGAGUCCAGCUGAGGUGGCGCCGCUCUGCCUGGCCAUGCGGUCGCUGCCCGAGCGCCACGCGCGCGCCGAGCUGCCGUCCUGCACCACGCUGGGCCGGCCGCAGAGUCCGCCGGCGCUUCCGGACGAGAGGUCGGAGGUCGGGAGGAGGUCGCAGGGCGGCUUGGUGUUUGUCCGCUCCAAAAUAAAGGUGACCACGGGCGAAUUGCUGUCCGACCCCGACCCUCAUGAUGCUCCCCUGACGCCGCCGCCGCACGUCGCCGUGACGACAGCCCCCGCACCCGGCAGAUUCGCCGCCUCGGCGGUCCGAUCGGCGGGUCAGGCUCCCGCCGGCGGCACGGCGCCGCCGUACGCUUGUCAGAUUUGCCACAAAACCUUCCAGUACCAGCGCAUGUUGAACCGACACACGAAGUGUCACAACGAGACCAAGCGCCACCUCUGCACCUUCUGCGGCAAAGGAUUCAACGACACCUUCGACCUCAAGAGACACGUGCGCACGCACACGGGAGUGCGUCCGUACAAGUGCGAGCUGUGCGACAAGGCCUUCACGCAGCGCUGCUCGCUGGAGUCGCACAUGAAGAAGAUCCACAGCGUGACGCUGCAGUACGCCUACAAGGAGCGCCGCAACAAGCUGUACGUGUGCGAGGAGUGCGGCCACACGGCGGCCACCCAGGACGAGCUGCUGCUGCACCUCCACUCACUGCAUCCCGACAGCGUCCUCUUGAAGGGCAAGGGGCCGCGGCGAGGGGCCGGGGAGGGCGAGUCCGCGCCGGGCUCCCCGCAAGGAGCCGAUAGCGACGACACCACGGGGUCGGCGGGCCACUGAUGGCGGGACCGCGAGCCAAAAGGACUCGCUCGCAAUACGCGCGCGUGCGGGAGGAACGGCACGCACAACAAGCAGUUUGACUUCUACGUGGGAAUCGGACACAUCGCCUAUAAACGUUCUUUUCCUCUUUUUUAUUGCAUGUGAAUAUGACCUGUGGGUUCUUAAUGUAAAGCAACAUAAUAUGCCUUUUCUAUUCAAAAAAAAACAAAACAACUUUAUUCAUUAAAAGGGACAACAGUAUGAAAUCACAA